AUGGAAUAUACGAUAACCACAGCUCCGUGGAAUGUUUUCAAAGGCACCACCACCUUCGGUCAGUCACUGAGCGAGUGGCCCCCACUGACCCUUACCUUCAGAAAGCUGAUGCAGCAUCGGGAUCGACCUACAGCUCUGUUGGGAGGAGUCACAGGGUCUACGAUAGGUGUCGUUCGGAAUCUGCCCGCUCUACCAGCCGCAUUUACCACCGCCAUCAACACGGGCAUGUUUUCGUUUUCCUUCGUUAGUCAGUUCCGUGAACGCAUAAGGGACCCCAUUACUCGUGCGACGGUCUCAUUUGGACAUCCUCCACUUGCUCCCACAGCUCUACGGGAAUAUGCCAUCAUCCCAAUCUUGACCGUGAACCAACUGCACCCUGACCCACUCGACCAGACGCCUCGGCGUCGUGGAAUCCUCACUUCUACAACCUUCUACCCACCUCACUCGCUGGCUUCACGGCCGGUUCCUUCUUCUCUUACGUGAUGAGGGCUACGAGUCGAGCUUCCGUCCGGGCUGGAGUCACGCUGAGUUUGGGAUGUACGACUCUCCAGUUCGUGUUCAACGAGGUCGAAUUGUUGAGGAUCAGGGCGGUCCUCAGAUCAGAGCUGAGAGAGAGGGCCCGACUAGUCGACGAGGAGAUGGCUUCAGUAUUGUCCGAGCGACCAUCGACCCCAGCCCCUACAACAUCACCAGCCGUGCCCGCGACACCCGCGACACCCUCGUCAACGACAUCGGUUUCAGUCCACCAAACAUCACCCGACAGGAACGACUAUUACGCGCAGUACCCCAACUCUUCGACCACUCGGGACCCCAAAGACGGAAACCUUUGCCGCGUGAUCCGAUCGCCUGUUCAGUUCGGCCUGGACAUUACUACCUUACUACCUCUAUAUAUAAAAAAAGGUGAGUUAAGGAAUGUACCUAAAAUCACUGUUUUUAACUAGGUGGAGGCCCUCCGGGCCGCCUGUGGUGGGUGUACCAGCAUACUGUUGUGUCUGCCGCACCUGCCCGUGGUGUCCAUGUUCCGAUCAGAUGUCAUGUACAAGCUCUGUGGCACCUUUUGUAUUUUUCGCGCCAGUCGAACGAAGCUACAGCGUUCCCAGUAUUUUCCUUCACUUUUUCGUUGACCUAAAACACUGCGAGCACUUAUAUUGUAUUUAAUGGGCGGCAAGCGCGUGGCUUUGUAUGACAAUGCUUCUACAGCAGAGCUCCGCCCGACGGGCGGGGCGAGGGCUGGCGUCUGUCACGUGAUGCGGCGCGCCAGCGGUGUCAGUGUCGUUCCGGCAGCCGACCAGCGGCAUUAGGUGCUGAACAACAAAUCACGCCCCGUGAACAAACCCGCGCCACUCCCUCUAACCUUUUCUUUUUCUCUCCCACUCUCAUCGAAUUUUGUGACACUCAUUCAAGGAGAAAUCCUCGCCACUAUGUCCCGGUCCUAAGGUCGCUAAGGAGGGCCAUCGCAACCUCGCCAAGUCUUGGCCGCGAUGAGUGAAAAAUAGUUUCUCUGCUGUCUUUCGUCAUAAUACCGUUCAAUUCUCCUGCUAUUUGGAAUUAUAUUCCCGUUAAUUUAACGGGAUCCUACUGGUCCUUCCAAACGACUUUGGCCCGAUGGAGCCCGGUCAAGAAACUGGAUCAGGAGGAAUACGAGAGACUGUUGAUGGUUAAGCUACAACAGCUUCCGCCGGAUACGGGGCGCGACGAUGACGUCAGGAGCGAGCGACAACUCUUGGAAGAAAAGAUAGCGCGAGCUCGGGAGAGGAGGUGA